CAAGGAAUCCAGAUUGGAAUCCGGAAUCCAAGUUCCACUGACGAAGAAUCCGAAAUCCAGUACCUAGAAUCCGGAAUCCACGGUGUUGAAUCCAGAAUCCAAGACUGUCUUGGAUUUCGUUACAUGGGACGAGAGGUAAGUAUAAACGCACUUAGCUUUCAUUAAGUCAUUACGAUUUUCUUCUAAAAUCGAACAGUGCGAGUGCGACAAUGGUGCCUUGAAUACUAAGGUAAACAUCUACAUAUAAUGCUAUCAACUGGUUCAAGAGAAUCUUUGAAGAAAACAAAUUAUAGUGAAAGAAAUGUUUUAUGAUUGAAUUAAAUAUUUUAGGCUAGAGUUGGAUAUAAUUAUAUACAACUUUUUUUAUUUUCCCUGGCAGCUUAAAUUAAAAAGACAUUAUAAUUCUUCAAAUAAAGGGCCUGUUUACAAGAAGGUGGGGGACCCCAGAUAGGUGAGGUAACCCGCUUAGGUGGGGUAAAAAAUAUCCCUCCUUUACAUGCAACCUUACAACCCCGCCAUCCCUGGGUACACUUUCUCAAGAUUACUGAAUGGUCGCUAAGCACGUAAACAACAAAAUGCUGACAAACCACGUUUUUUGGUGAUUAAUGCUCUCCUACACUCACUUGCUGCUCUUGCUACAACCUUCAGCGCUGUGGCUUUCGAUUGCUACCUUUAAUAAUGAUGCAAAGCCACCGCCAAAGUGAAUUUUAAGCGAAUUUAGUAUCGCGAAUCCGACCCCGGCUAGGCAGGUUACGCCACCUUGAAACGUUUACAUGGCAAAAUUUGACCCUGGCUGAGAGGGUUAUCCGGUCUGGCAGACCGGGCUACCUGUCUUGGCUGGUCACCCCACCUAUCAUGAGAGAUUAUAUGGACAGGCGGGUUACCCACCUUAGCGGGUUACCUCACCUACCUGGGGUCCCCCACCUCAAUGUAAACAGGCCCUUAGAGAGGCAUUCUGAUCUGGUGCGCUCAACUAUGCACUCUUCAACCUUACGGCCUGCACGAAACGUCCGUCGGAAUUCAACACUCAACGAAUAGAAUAAAGUGUAAUUAACGUCACACCUAUUUAAAUACAAACGUAUGUAGUUAUUACAGUUUGUCUGAACCAAUCAAAUGCCAGAAAACGAAAGGCAAUCCAAAAUAGCCGGUAAGCACAAAGUUACUGUGACCGGCAACGCGCCAGAAAAGUCUUGUUAGCUGACGGCGGUUCGUCGGCGAAGGCUUUUGACUUUUUUGUUGUUGUGAAUAUAUUAAUGCCGUCAGUAUGACACCAAAUGCUACUGUUUGUUACAAGGAAAAGUGUGACCAAAGUUUGUAUUGGAAACAAGCCCGCAUUCGUGGCGUAUCAAAUACU